AUGCAAACAGAUCUCAAUAUCCGCCAUCGAGGCCGAACUAUCGGCAGCAAAGUGACGACAUUUAGCAAACUGACAAUACUUUACGUUGAAUUUCAGUACUUCCCUCGUACUGCUCGAGCACCAAAUCAGGCUCGUAUGAUCGAGGCGCAGCACUCAGGAGAGGCUAUGCGUGAGGCGUUGAUGAGGAUGAUAGCGAACGAGUAUUCCGUGGCCAGAUAUCCUGACUGGCCGAAUUUAUCCCAUCUUUACGUGGACGGAACUACCACAUACGGACAGCUCUGGGAAGGUGUGCCAGAAUCUGUUGAUUAUUUGGCGAUCAUCUUCGAAGAAUAUGAUGGCAUCGGAGUACAGUUCAUUUUGGAUCUCUCAUCUCGAUCACGAAUGCUGGGAGCACGACGUGCGCUCUCAAACUCGCUACUUGUUGGGAUGCUAAGAAUCGUUGAGUUCCCUACUGUUGCACUCUUCAGGAGGGAUCAUCAGCAAGCACUGUACAUGAUGAAAUUCUCUAAUUCCACUUACACUGAUUUGGACCGAAUAAUCAUGAGAGAUGCUCAUCUACCGCCAGGGUUCACCGUUAUGCCCACCACAACAAUGCCACCUCUGACGACCACUCCACCUCCGAUCAUAGACUGCGUACGCUUCCCAGACAGGUGUCGCGAGAUGUUCUACGUGUCAGAGACGGACAUGCUGAAAGCGAUGCGAAUGGCGCUGUACGACGAAGUGAUCCGAACCCCGGGUUACAUUCAGAACGAAAAUCUCACUGGUCUUCUCGAUUUCGUCACUCUACUUUCUAAUCACUUCCCUGUCCUUUCAUUUUCGAACGAAAUUCGUCGAUCUAAGCGAACCACAUCCACGAUUUUGAAAAACAGCGAACGCGCUCGAUUGGUCUUCAUACACAUGAGAGAGUACCUGGAAUCGCGCAAACCUCGGAAUGCAGUACCUGUCGAAGAAUACAGAAGACAGUUUGAAAAUGUUGAACCUAUUUUAGCGUGUGUACGCGCAUCCGUUCCCCGUCAACGCUUCAUGGCAACAUUGCAAGGGAACAUUGCCAACGUUCAGGGGCUACACUUGCGGGUUAUGGACAACAUUCCACGCGCUUACAGUGCACACACGUACAUUGACACAAUCAAGGACAGCAACGUAAAUGCGUUGAAGCCUCUCAAAAGUAUUCAGGGAUGGGUACGCGGAUUCUUCGGCUGUCAACACUGCAAAAACCAUUUCAUGAACAUGACCACUAAUAUAUUACCGAUGACUGAACGACGAGUUCGACAUCCACAGGAUAUGAUGACGUAUUUGUGGAGAGCGCACAACAUCGUUAAUAACCGUCUCCACGGUGAUCCUUCAGAGGACCCACAAUUCACAAAAGUCCAGUUCCCACCGCCGUAUCUCUGCCCAACUUGCCACGCUGGAGGACAGUUCAGCAGACGUCAGGUCCGCAAUUUCCUGCUACGAUACUACGGAAACAUCAAGCCGCAUAACCGCCUCAGAAACCGUCAACUUGCGUUUUUCUGA